AUGAGUCGACACUUCUCCUCUGCCGUGAGGGCGGCUGCAAGAAUCAUCUGGUCAUUUAAUGGCACCACAAAGAGCUUGGAGAGGGAUGUGGCAGCUGUCGAACAAGCUGUCGGGGCGAAUCCCGAACUAGCAAAGAAGGUGAAGAAUGGUCUUAUUAAUGGAGAUCCGCACUCUACCAAAUAUGCCGACGGCACCGAGGAUCCGGUUCACAUUUCAGGCGUACUUGGUGAGGGAAACCUGAAAGGAUCUAAGAAGGCAACAUCCUUUCACUAUUAUCCAGACACUGGUGAUAUAAGAUUCUCGAAUUCGAGAUAUCCACCAGUCCGCAUCGGCACGUCCAAUGCCGUAGCGGAAUCAUCGUCUUCUGCACAAUCAGGAGCUAAGAUACCUGCUCACCAACAGGCAUCAGACUGGGAGUGGGACGGUUCUGCCCAAAAGUACAAGUAUUGGGAUGGCACUCAGUGGGUCUGGCAGGAGUAG